GAGGGAAUCACUAUUCAAGGGUGCCGCACAUACAAUCUGGGUCAGCUGCAGCUGGUUACUGCAUUUCUCCAUGUGGCAGACACAGCAAAGCCACAAUGCUUUCUCUGCUGGAUUAGAGACUGCCCACAGACCAGAACUUCCACUCCGCUACCUAAGGUUACAUAGGUGGCUUGUCAAAUUCCAUUGAUUAGUGCUGUAAGAAGAAAAAGACGUUCCUCACUACAGCUUGGAUUCGACGGCCCAAGAUGCAGCUGCCAUUCAAGUCACAGAUGAACAAACUCCUACACUGAUUUUUAAAAGCAAGAAUAAGAGCAGCGAGUUUCUGGGUUUGCUUUAUCAACAGAUGCAAAAAGACAUCAGAGAAGCUCAUUUCACAAUGAAGGCUUUUAUCUGGACCCUUCUUGUGCUACUCUUCCUACUAAUGGGCAAUGACCCCUGCAGAGCAGGACAGUUCAAAAUAAAAAAAAUAACCCCGAGGAGGUACCCUCGCGCCACAGACGGCAGAGAGGAAGUCAAGAGGUGCGCAUACACGUUCCUGGUCCCCGAGCAGAAAAUAACAGGGCCCAUCUGUGUCAACACCAAGGGGCAGGACGCAGGAGCCAUCAAGGACAUGAUCACCAGGAUGGACCUGGAGAACCUGCGGGACGUGCUCUCCAAGCAGAAGCGUGAGAUCGACGGCCUGCAGCUGGUGGUGGAUGUAGAUGGAAACAUCGUGAACGAGGUCAAGCUGCUGAGGAAAGAGAGCCGGAACAUGAACUCUCGAGUCACGCAGCUCUACAUGCAGCUGCUCCACGAGAUUAUCCGGAAGAGGGAUAAUUCACUUGAACUUUCCCAGCUGGAAAAUAAAAUCCUCAAUGUCACCACAGAGAUGUUGAGGAUGGCAACCAGGUACCGGGAAUUAGAGGUGAAAUAUGCUUCCCUAGCGGACCUGGUCAAUAACCAGUCUGUGACGAUCACUCUGCUGGAGGAGCAGUGCCUGAGGACGUUUUCCCGACAAGACCCCCAGGGGUCUCCUCCCCUUGUCCAGGUAGUGCCACGACACAUUCCCAACAGCCAUCAGUACACCCCUGGGCUGCUGGGAGGUAAUGAGAUUCAGAGGGAUCCAGGGGACUCCAGAGACUUAGUGCCACCACCUGAUCUGCCAACUUCUCCCACCAAAAGUCCUUUCAAGAUACCACCUGUAAUGUUCAUCAAUGAAGGACCAUUCAAAGACUGCCAGCAUGCCAAAGACGCUGGCUAUUCAAUGAGUGGGAUUUACAUGAUUAAACCUGAAAACAGCAAUGGACCAAUGCAGCUGUGGUGUGAAAACAGUCUGGAUCCCGGGGGCUGGACUGUUAUUCAGAGGAGAAUGGACGGCUCUGUCAACUUCUUCAGAAACUGGGACAAUUAUAAGAAAGGGUUUGGAAACAUUGAUGGAGAAUACUGGCUGGGAUUGGAAAAUAUUUAUAUGCUUAGCAACCAAGAUAAUUACAAGUUGCUGAUUGAAUUAGAAGACUGGAGUGAUAAAAAAGUCUAUGCAGAAUAUAGCAGCUUCCGCCUGGAACCUGAAAGUGAAUUCUACAGACUGCGCCUGGGAACUUACCAGGGAAAUGCAGGGGACUCUAUGAUGUGGCAUAAUGGUAAACAGUUCACCACACUGGACAGAGAUAAAGACAUGUAUGCGGGAAACUGUGCCCACUUUCAUAAAGGAGGCUGGUGGUACAACGCCUGCGCACAUUCUAAUCUGAACGGAGUGUGGUACCGAGGAGGCCAUUAUAGAAGCAAGUACCAGGAUGGAAUCUUUUGGGCUGAAUACCGAGGAGGGUCAUACUCCCUGAGAGCAGUUCAAAUGAUGAUCAAGCCUAUUGACUGAAAGGAGACAGUCUACAACUUAAUAGAACUCUUGUAUUGUUCAGUUUCUGAAAAUGUAAAUUUUACAUGUAUAUUAUUUUGCACAGUUCAU